AUGACUGACACACGCUUCUCAAAAGGCACGAAGCGUCCCAGCGCCGACGACGAGGACUCUUCUGCCUCCCCUAAGAGGGCAAGGGCAGACGGCGACAACACUGACACCAUGAACAACAACAAGUACAACCCCUACCUGGCACACACAUACGAUGCGCAGAAUGGCAGUGGUAGUGGCGGCGCGAGAUCCUCAGGCUGGCCUGCCUUCAACGGCGUCACGCGCCACGAGACCACCGCCCAGCACGCCGCCAGGCUCGAAGACUCGGACAACAGCCCCUGGACUGGCGAGCCCCACAGCCAGAAAUACUUCAAGAUCCUCCAGGGCCGUCGAGAUCUGCCGGUCCACAAGCACAGGCAGGAGUUUCUCGAUAUCUACCACAACACCCAGAUCAUGGUCUUUGUCGGUGAGACGGGUUCGGGAAAGACCACCCAGAUCCCCCAGUAUGUCCUGUACGACGAGCUGCCCCAGUUCACCGGCAAGCUUGUUGCCUGUACACAGCCGCGUCGUGUCGCCGCCACCAGCGUCGCCCAGCGUGUCGCCGAUGAGAUGGACGUCAAGCUGGGCGAGGAGGUCGGCUACAGCGUCCGCUUCGACAACUGCACCUCCGAUAAGACCAUGCUCAAGUACAUGACCGACGGUCAGCUGCUGCGCGAGUGUAUGCACGAUAACGACAUGUCACGCUACGCCUGUAUCAUCAUCGACGAGGCCCACGAGCGUACCCUCGCUACCGACAUCCUGAUGGCCCUGCUGAAGGAGAUUUCCCAGCGCAGGAACGACCUCAAGAUCAUCAUUAUGUCUGCCACCCUUGACGCCCAGAAGUUCCAGAAGUACUUCUACGACGCCCCGCUGCUGGCAGUCCCCGGCCGUACGCACCCCGUGUCGCUCUACUACACCCCUGAGGCAGAGAGAGACUAUAUCGAGGCCUCCAUCAGGACGGUGCUCCAGAUUCAUGCUACCGAGGACGAGGGCGACAUCCUACUGUUUUUGACCGGAGAGGAAGAGAUCGAGGACGCCUGCAGGCGGAUCAGGCUCGAGGUCGACGAGAUGGUCCGCGAGUCGGAUGUCGGUCCUAUGGCCAUCUACCCUCUGUACGGCACGCUGCCACCUCAUCAGCAGCAGCGCAUCUUCAACGAUGCGCCUGGUCCCUUCAAGCCUGGCGGUCGGCCAGGGAGGAAGUGCAUCAUCGCCACCAACAUCGCAGAAACAUCACUCACCAUCGACGGUAUCGUGUACGUUGUCGAUCCAGGCUUUAGCAAACAAAAGAUCUACAACCCCCGGAUUCGAGUCGAGUCCCUUCUUGUUAGCCCCAUCAGCAAGGCCUCGGCUCAACAACGAGCGGGUCGUGCCGGUCGUACACGGCCAGGAAAGUGCUUCAGGCUAUAUACGGAGGCGGCCUACAAGAAGGAGCUUAUCGAGCAAACCUAUCCUGAAAUCUUGCGGUCCAACCUAUCCAACACCAUCCUUCAGCUCAAGCGGCUGGGCGUCACGGAUCUAGUCCACUUCGACCUGCUCGACCCGCCUGCGCCCGAGACCAUGAUGCGUGCCCUCGAGGAGCUCAACUUUCUGGCCUGUCUGGACGACGAGGGCGAGCUCACGGCGCUCGGCAAGCUGGCGUCGGAGUUCCCUCUAGACCCCCAGCUGGCCGUGAUGCUGAUCAGCAGCCCCGAGUUCUACUGCAGCAACGAAGUCCUCUCCGUCGUCUCCCUGCUCUCCGUGCCCUCGCCGUGGCUGCGGCCCAACAGGGAGAGGAAGCGUGCCGACGAGAUGAAGGCCCACUUUGCCCACCCAGACGGCGACCACCUGACCCUCCUCAACCUGUACCACGCCUUCAGGGGCGAGAUGAAUAAGGGCACAGACUUGAAGCAGUGGUGCCACGAGCACUUUUGCAGCCUGCGCCACCUGACCUCAGCCGACCACGUCCGCGCCCAGCUCAAGCGCAUCAUGGAGACGCACGAGAUCGAGCUCAUGAGCACUGACUUCAGCGACAAAAACUACUACACCAACAUCCGCCGCGCCCUGGUCGCCGGCUUCUUCAUGCAGGUCGCCAAAAAGGACACCAGCAAGAGCUACACCACGGUCAAGGACAACCAGCCCGUGCUGAUCCACCCUUCUAGUGUCAUUAAGGCGGAUUUUGAGUGGGUUGUCUAUCACGAGUUCGUUCUGACCAGCAAGCAAUACAUCCGAACCGUCACCGGCGUCCGUCCAGAGUGGCUGAUGGAAAUUGCGCCCGCAUACUACGCACUGGAAUCUUUUGAGAAUGGCGAGGUCAAGACGGCUCUCACGCGCGUUACGGAGAGGGUCCGCCGAAAGCAGGCGAUGAAAGGGGGCAGAGCCUAG